UAUGGCGGAUCAAUGAUAAACCAUAGUUUCUUUAAGACGACGAAAAAGGACCAUAAUUUCACUGCCAAAGCGGGAAAUACAAUCAGACCUUGCAAUGGCAAAAUGCGAUGGUGAGUUUGACUCGGAUAUGGAUACAAACGCACAGCAUCAAACCUUUGUAAUUUUGAGUGCAAAUGACGAUCCAGAUAAACAAGAAGACGUAGGUCGGUGYACAGAUGGUUUAGAUGGUUCUAGAGUCACUAGUUCUCARGACUUUGUCAAAAUUGAACAAAUAGCAAAAGAUGAUGCAAGUGGCAAAACUGUCAGUCUGGUUGACAGAGAAGACGUCCAGUGCAUUGAAAAUACAAUAGUGGUAUCAAGARCAAUUGCAAAUGAUUCAAAUAUUUAUGGUAGACUUCUACUGGCAGAACAUGGCUCUCAAGUGAUAUUCUAUAACCCAACACCUGAUUGCACACCUGGACCAAUUACAGAAAAUGACAAAAGUGUACAAUGUGAUUCAAAUGAAUACCAAUUUGCCAGUGGACAAGAUAAGAAACCUUCAAUUGCCAAAAACUACACAAGAAAUAGUUCAGGGGAAAGAACAUAYGUCUGUCCAGUGGAAGGUUGUGGAAGGAAUUUUACAUCAUCAGGACACUUGAAAUACCACCAAAGCACGCACAGUGGAGAAAAACCAUUUAAAUGCACCCAUCCAGGCUGUGACAGGGUGUUUGCUUGGCCUGCACAUCUGAAAUACCAUGUGAAGACACAUUCUGGUGACAGGCCAUUCAAGUGUGAGGUGGAGGGGUGUGGCAAAAGCUUUUAUGUCCUACAAAGAUUGAAUGUCCAUUUAAGAGUUCACACUGGUGAGCGCCCAUAUAUGUGUGAAGUUGAUGACUGUAAGAAAUCCUUUAGCACAGCUGGUAAUUUGAAGAAUCACAUGAGGAUACAUACAGGUGAAAGACCAUACAUUUGUCCCUUUGUAACAUGUGGGAGAUCAUUCACAGAGCAUUCAAGUUUACGGAAGCACAAGCUUCGACAUACUGGUGAGAAGCCAUAUUCUUGUGGGACUUGUGGAAAGACAUUCAGUCAGAGUGGUAGCAGAAAUGCUCAUGAGAAAAGRCAUUUACUAGAGAAACCGCCAAGAUACAAGAAAUCACAACUUACCAUGGUUGACAUGGAAUCAGAUAAUGGAGAAUCUAGUCCUGUGGAUGYUGGUGAUCAAGAGCCAUCUCUUGAAUUCACUCCUGAAAAGAGUACUAAUGCUGACCACAUUGUCCUGGCCCAGCCAAUCAUUGCUAAGGAAGUAUCUAUUGAGACAACACCUGUUCAUUCCUUGUCUACUGUGGCACAAAAUGUUGCUGAAGAGCUAAUUUCAAACCAGACAGAUGYCAUAUCACAAACCAGUACAUGUGUUGUAUCUUUGGCUGAAACAGUGGUUGCACAACAAGCUCUUCUUCAGUCCAUGUUAGAUGGAAGUGCAGUAAUACCUCCWGUGUCUCAAUCAGAAUCAUCUGAUGAUCUCUCAGUUGUUGACCAUGCACUUCAACACCAAGAUGUAGAGCAGAUUAUGCAAAGUGUUGUAAGCCAGCAUAUUAUAAAUGGUCAAAUUCAAUUACCCAUUAGUGGAGAUGUUGCUAGUGAUCAGGGAACUUUGAAUUUUAUUGCACAAAGUAAUGAUUCACAAGAUAUUGUGCUAAGCCAUUCAGAGCAUGAAGAAAGCUCUUUGCCAAGUGAUGAAGAAACAGUUAUAGUUCAGUCAGAAACAAAUCAAGAUACAUGAUGCAAAACUGGUAUUCAAUGCCACUGGAGCUACAUUUUUUUCAAGGAUUAGAAUAUGCAACUGCUGAUGGAUGCAUGUAUAUUUACUGUUAUCGUGUUAAAUAAAUAUUAUUCUGCACACACA